CUUGAAAACAUUUGUAAACUUUGAAAAAUCGAUUGGCCGAUCGAACUACCUGUUUGUUGCGUUAUAUUCGUCAUUCUAGAGGAAAAAAAUUUCAUUGAGGUUUAAAUAAAUGCAUCAAAAUGGCAUCUGCAACGGUGCCCCUACUGGAUGAUACGGUUCCAUUUGGUGACGAGGAAGAACUCAAUACCAACGGAGCUGUUAAAAGAUUAUCCCACCCGUACGUCACAUUUUUCCACGUAUUUUUUCGUGGCGCAGCACUAGCCACGUAUUUGUUUUGGGGUUUAUUCAAUGACUCCUUCAUUAAAUGUUUCCUGCUGGUGGUUUUCUGGCUGUCAGCGGACUUCUACUUGGUGAAAAAUCUGAGCGGCCGACUGUUGGUGGGAAUGCGUUGGUGGAAUUACGUCGACGACGAUGGCCGUUCGCAUUGGGUGUUUGAAUCGAAAAAGGGAGAAAACUACGAGGCACGAAUCAAUCCGCAUGAGGCAAGAAUAUUCUGGACGGCUUUGGUCGUGUGUCCCGUUCUGUGGGCGUUAUUUUUUGUGGUCGCUCUGUUUGGGUUCAAGUUCAAAUGGAUGCUGCUUGUUAUGAUUGCCCUUUCGCUAAGUGGAGCGAACCUCUACGGUUACAUCAAGUGUAAUUUUGGAGCCAGCGCCAACCUGAGCACAACCACAACCGAUUUCGUCAAGAGUCAAGUGUUAAAAAAUGCAGUCAAUCUAAUGACCCAACCUAGCACUAGCAGUAAUUCGGCGCCCAAAACCACUACCGUAGCAUAAAUAGCUUCUUCAAACUAUUAGUCCUAAAUAAAACAGUUUCAAUUGAA